UAACACACCCCAGGGCAAGAAUGGGAUGGGACUAGCACCAGCUGUGUCAGCCCCACUCCUCCCCUGGCACCACACAGCUAUAAAUCUUGUGAUUCAAAGAAUAUCUACUGUAACUUUCUGUACUUGCAGGUGUCCCCGUGGAGUCAGCAUGGGUGAGUGUGUGCGUGGGGGAGCAGGGCAGGGUGGGUUCCCCAGCCUGUGGACUCCCAGAAGCAGCGCUGGCAAGAAGAGGGGGUGUUGAGAGCCUCCCCUCUGGCAGAGCCAUCCAUUUCCUCCCACGGAUGGAGGACUUACCCCAGAGGCAGGAGAUGACACAGGGCACAGAACAGGGCAGACUCAAGGUCCCUGCUGCUUCUCCCAGGGCAAGGGAGAAGGGUCGAGAGGGAUGAGCAAGUCCCUGGGUCUGCCCUCUGCCCUGCCCAGCAGCUCCCCAGGCAGUGUCAGGGCAGAGGAGAGCUCAGGACAGGUCAGAUGGGGGAAGAGGGAAUCUGCAUACUGCCCUGCCCCAGAGAGUGGGGAGCAGAGGAGGGUCAGACCAGCUCUGAGUCGUACUCGAGGGGUGCAGACCGGGUGACCCUGCAGACGGGGUCGCCACGCUGCUCUGGCUGGAGGAGCAGCUGCUCGGCACACUGCACAUGGCUGUGAGUGCGUCAGGGAGAGCUUCAGCGAGGCUCAGGGUCCAGGCAAAGCGAGGGCAGGUCUCCGCAAACGGGGUCUACCCAGGCUGCUGAAAUAUAGGCUAUGCGCAAAGAGCAGGAGGGCAAAACCUUGGAGAGGGAGGGUAAGAGUGACCUUUCCCUGUGCAAAUGGGACAGUGGGGCCAGAGAAGAUGUUGAACAAAGAAAAACAUUGCAGCAACUCAUCUCCUCAGAGUACCCCUCUGUCACAGCAGAGCAGGGACAGGUUCAGAGGAAAGGACAUGUUCAUAUCUAGCAGUCACUGCACUUUAGUUCUAGCCCAGCAGAGUCACAAAUCUAAGUGUAAAUGUGUUAAAAACGUAAGAUUGAAUUUAAUUCUGCACAAAAAGUGUAGGUUUCCAAUUGCUAUCAAGGGUCCAUCAUUAUGAGGUGUCCAAAAGAGAGGGACCAUUGGAAAAGUCGUCCCUUUCCAGAUGUUUUGCAAUCUAAUGCUGCUGUAACCCCCAAAGGUGCAGCUGUGAUGCCAUCUUUAAAUGAAUGUUCAGACUUUAAUCUGGAGAUAACUAUUAUUAAAAUUAAGUUGAAUAACUUUAUUAUUUUUGAGUACAACUUGGAGUAUUUAUUUGGAUUUUCCAGAGUGUAGUGGAAAGACUGAAGAAAUACCAUCUAGUUGUUUAGUGAGCUGGAGGGGCAGAAAAUAUUCCGCAAGGUUUCUGUUAAAGAUUGUGUUUAGAGAUAAACGCUUUGGUCAAGUUUCUUCUGAUAUGCAGAGGACUCUCUUGUGAUUGCUUGAUUUUACUCCCCAAAUUUCCUGGGCACCUUGAGCUCAAGCAUGAAGCUUGGGGAUAAGAAGACUGGCUGCAAGGUACGUGUCAGGAAGGCAACCCUGUGCCAUCCUCACAGCUGUCCAGCGUGUUCCCCUCCUGCUCCUUGCCUGUGUAUUGGCCCUGCCUGCCCCACUUCUCACCAGAAACCUCCAAAGCCUGUCCCUCUUCAGUCAAUCUGUCUUGAAUAACACUGUGUCUGCUCUGAACAUGUUAGUGAACGGUCAGCUCCGGCUGGUGAAUGGCUCCAACAAGUGCUCCGGCCGGGUGGAAGUUUGGUACCGCAAUGAGUGGGGAACAGUGUGUGAUGACAACUGGGACAUGAGGGAUGCCUCUGUGGUAUGUAGGCAGCUCGGCUGUGGAGAGGCAGUAUCAGCCCCAAGAAAUGCUUAUUUUGGGAGUGGAACUGGGACUAUCUGGCUGGAUGAAGUUAACUGCAACGGGGAGGAGGAGCUCCUCACUGAGUGCUCAUUGCGAGCUUGGGGAGAGCACGACUGCAGGCACAGCGAGGAUGCCGGCGUUGUGUGCUCAGGUUGGCCCAAGGACUGCAGCGAGAUCCCUGCUGGCAGCCCCAGCGGCAUCUACGUCAUCCAGCCCGCAGGCCUGCACCCCAUCGUGGUGUCCUGCGAGAUGAAUGUGACAGACGGGGGCUGGACGGUCAUCCAGAGGAACCGGCAGAGCACAGAGAUCACCUGGGCCGAGUCCUGGAGCACCUACAAGUACGGCUUUGGGAACGUGCACACCGAGUACUGGCUGGGCACCGAGUACAUCCAUCACAUCUCCAAGCAGAAGGUCUACCAGGUCAGGUUUGUCAUCUGGGAUGCCACAAACGCCACCAAGUUCGCCGACUACAACCUCUUCAGUGUGGAAGAUGAGUCCCAGGGCUACCGGCUGAGGCUGGGAGCGUACUCAGGGACAGCAGGGGAUGCCAUGGCCUCAAACAGUGCUGCCACCGUGCAUGACAACAUGAAGUUCUCUGCAAAAGAUCUGGAUCAGGACACUCACGGCGGGAACUGUGCCUCCAGCUACGGGGGCGGGUGGUGGUACUCGGCGUGUUAUUCUGUACGGCUGAACAUCAAGGGGAGCAUAACGUGGGGCAGCCUGUGCAAUGGGAACUGCAAAGCUUCUGCCAUCCUCAUCAAACCCAUUACCUACUGCUAGGGCUUCAUCCCUGCCUGUCUGCACGGGGCAUGUGGUCAGACCAGUGCCCUGCUGGGCCCUUCUUUGCUGGGGGGAGCAGAGUGGGCAGCAGCAGGGCACACCCUGGGCUGCCAAGAGAUUUUUCUUUCACGUCUUUCGCAGAGCUCCUCUGCUUCCCUUGCUGUGUUCUUCUCCUUUGAGCUGGUUUUAUUUUAAUCGCAUUAUAAUCAGAUUAACACACUGCAACCCUGUACUUCUGAAACAUAUCUGCUGGAGAAUAAAAUGUGCUUUAGAAACAUAA